UCAAAGGGUGGUGCAAACCUCCAUCCAUCAUUUGGCUCACAUCCCCAGGGUUGUGGUAUAUUUUAACCUCGGACACUACAAGCCAUCUUUUCUCAACAGGUCGGUCGUUUGGUGGCAGGAGAUGAGAGGUGCGAUGGCUGGAACUCAUCAGGUUGGACACCGUUCACCGCAAAUGUCCAACUGACCUGCCCGCCCCUUUGGGAAACCGAAGCCAGUCAUCCGAAUCAGCCAUGGCCACCCUUUCAUAGGUCCAUCGGGCCAGUCCCAAGAAUUCUAAGACUACAUUGCAUCCUCAGCCUUCCUCGUCUCCACUGAGGAUUUGCACUAGAACAAGCAGUCAUCUUGCGGCUGGAAUUUUCAAGUUUCCCACCGACCUCCCCGAUUAUCAUCUCAAAAGAUCCUUUUGCAAUCCGGCUUUGUCGAAUACCUUGCUGCCUUUGUUGGAUCAGACUCACGCCGUGGCAUACAUAUAGUUCCGUCCGGAUAACUCAUUUCCGGCAAAAACUGGAGAGUCUCAAUAACUGCAAGCAAAGAAGGCAUACUCUAAGCACCACUUCUACUCGAGCCAUUUACCAACACUUGGCCUCAAAGACCUCACGCGCUCACCAUCUCCGUUAUCCGCCUACACUCGACGCCGACAAAGAGUAGCUGUCAUCUACCCCCUCCACUACAAGCAUCAUCUUUCGUCGUUUUCCCCUUCGCAUCAUGCUGGGAAGCGCCCAGUGCGAUCCUCAGGACAAGCCUUACACCCUUCUCCCGACUCAGAACUCGAUCAGCGAGCAGCCAAUGCAUCAUAGCUCAUUAUGUCUUCUGACCCGACUAAAAUCAAUUUUUAGGACACGGUUCCUAUUGUUUCAACUUAUAUUGAUUCUCUGCUUGGUCCUCACUCUCCUCAGGUUCUAUCCCUUCUCGGACCAUCUGUCACGUCAUGGUAAAGCUUACAGUCUGACUUUCUCCAUCGACUCCAUCAAUCCCACCCGUAGCGCCGCCGUCUCGCAAUCGGUCUCGCAGCCGGUCUCUCAUCCGCCCUCGCAGCCGGCGUCUCAUCCGCCUUCGCAGCCCGCCUCUCCGGCGCCCUCUCCGCCGACGCCUUCCUUCCCGCAACCACAGCCCCCACUUCUCCCUCCGGCCAUCACCAAAGCCGGCUCACGUCCGGCAGUUCCUCGUCCCGUCGUCCCUCAUCCUCUAAGGCCGCUCCCCCCUCCUCCCCCCACCUCGGCCGCCCUCUGCGCCCGUUGCGGCUGUUCCUCAGAUAGCAGAAUCCGACGGGAAUUCAAUCCGCCGGAUGAAUUGGUUAUCCAGCGCUCUCCAAAUGCAACCAUCUCUAUUGACUCGGUCGAUCAAUCUUCAGCAGUCAUCACACAAAUCUGGUCAUCAAUUCGAGAUGUCUACUGCCAGCACCCACUAUUGGCAUCCGAAGCUGCGCUCACAUUGCUCGACCGCAGUGUUCCCGACUCUUCCGUCCUACCGGCGACGAUCAGCACCAGGGCUAGUACCCUCCAAGUCGGCCUUCCAACCCAAUACAUCUUCACCAAGACCAGCGCGCUCGGCAGGACGGGCGGCCUGAGGCCCGACUACUUCCGUCGCCAUGUGAAGGCCAUUCGAGAUCAUCUGUCCACUGUAGCCAGACGGGGCGGAAAGUAUCUGGAGGAAACGGAGAAGAAGUGGGGCACCGGUCGAAGACAGUUGAUCUGGAUCGUGAUUGAAGACGGGGAGAGUAUCGCUGCGGAUAUCCAGCAAGUACUGUCUCAGAGCGGGCUGCCCUUUAUUUAUUUUGCCUACGGGCCCACACGGCAUCAUGGGAACGCGCAACAGAAUUCUGCAUACGCGCUCAUCCAUCGGCUGUCGCGAACGAUCCUGGGACACGGGCCGAUCCUGUCCAUCGAUGAUGAUGGCAAAGUGUUGAGCGAAGUGUUUGACAUCGCCUGGCGCGUCCACACCUUCGGAGUAUGGCCAAUGGGAAACCUGGGCCCGAGCGGCUGGGAGGGUCCGGAGUAUGACCCGGUGACUCUCGAAUUCCUCACUUGGCGUCAGGCCCCUGAAGACGACCGCCCAUUUCCACUAGAUAAUGGGGCCUUUGUUUUCUCCAGUGAGGUCUUCGGUACUAACUUUCGUCUAGUUGGUCCUAGAUAUUGGCCUACUGAUUACCCAGGCGGAGAGAGUGAAUUUGUUUCUCAAAUAAUAUCUAAACAAGAACUGGUGGAGCCUCUAUGUUACAAUUGUCGAGUUGCGUGGCAUAAUCAGAAGUUGCCGGAAGACUGUAUUAAACACCUUCCUUCAUGUAAAGAGCUAUGAGUCUUAUUGAAAUUAGGCCUUGUAGUUGUUUCGUUUUUCUAAAAAUGUUUCUUGUCCCCUAGUAUUCUAAAGGAAAUGUAUGGGAUCUCAUCUAUAACGUCACAUUUGCCCUUUCUUCUCAACAGACGAUCGGUUUCCA